GAUGAACUGAAGAAAUUGGCAGAGAGAUUUACAAAACUGGAUCAGAAUAGAGAUGGUGUGAUUAGUAGAGAUGAAAUCAUGGCAGUCCCUGGCUUGGAGACCAACCCCCUCACUGACAGAUUGAUAGAACUUUUUGACAGUGAUCAAAAUGGAACCAUCGAUUUUAAUGAAUUCAUCAAUGGAAUGUCCAAAAUAAGCAUGAAAGGUGAUGCAACAACCAAACUGCAAUUUGCAUUUUCGAUCUAUGACACAAACAACGAUGGCUACAUAACAAAUGGUGAACUGUACUACAGACUGAAAUCUCUCAUUGGAAAGAAUGUUGACGAUGAGAUGCUCCAACAAAUUGUUGAUAAAACAAUCGUGUACAACGACAAGGAUAAUGAUGGCAAAAUCAACAUUAAAGAAUUCACAGAUGUU